CUUAGUUACAUUUCUUGGUAAUCGCCUUGUAUAAUGAUUACAGUUGUCAUAGCUGUAAGAAUAAGUAAUCACCCCAUAGUAGUUAUUUUAGGUAUUGACAUGGUUACUUUUCAAGUAAUAAGAGUUAGGAAGAAUAACUUGUGUUUGUUGUUAAGGUCCCAACGCCCCGGGUCGCUUCAUCGUGUGGUACAGGAAUGAGACUACCAUGUUAGUGCUGUGGCAGCCACCAUACCCUGCUGGUAUAUACUCUCACUACCGGGUGAGCAUCGAUCCCAGCGACGCUGCUGAGAGUGUCUUGACGGUACAUAAAACUGCAGAACCUCCUGGACCCGCCCAAGCAGCCUUCCUCGACCUGGUCCCUGGUCGAGCGUACAACAUUACUGUGGAGACUGCGAGUCAGGAUCAGAUGUCAGUGCCCACUACAGCACAGUACCGCACCAUCCCUCUCUCCCCAAGGAACAUCACUUUCGACGCCAAGACCCUUACGUCCCAUUCCUUCACCGUCCGCUGGGAGGCUCCUAAGGGCAAGGGGGAGUUCGACAGAUAUCAGCUGAGUCUGGGCGUGAAGAAGCAGUCUCCGCUAAUCAUCAACGCUGAGGAGCCCCGGGAGGCCACUUUCGAUACCAAUCUCGAGCCUGGCAGAACUUACAACGUCCUCAUCAAGACCGUGUCUGGCAAUGUGGCCUCCUGGCCCACUACUGGCAAUGUUACUACUAGACCACUGAGUGUAUUGGAACUGACUGCAGUGGAACAGGAAGACACAAGAGAAGUUAAGUUGUCAUGGGUACCUGACUCGGCCUCCACUCAGGAUCGCUACAAGGUGGUGUACCAAGAGGUGGAAACUUACAACGGUGAUUCCCGCACCAGGAUAGUGACAGACACACAUGCUGUAGAAGAGCUGUAUCCUGGUAGAAACUAUUCCAUCUCUGUUGCUGCUGUCUCAAAUAGCAUUGAGAGUGAUCCUGCCUCACAAAUAUAUAUUGCCACUAAGCCGGCAUCUCCCAUUAUUGAGGAAUUACAGCCAAUAACUCGUGGACUCAACAUCUCGUGGAAGAGUGAUGUAACCUCCAAACAGGAAAAAUAUGCUGUUGUUUAUGUUAGAAAUGACACAGCUGAAUCAGUAACUCGUCAGACAGUUGAUGCCCAUGUGCUCUUGGAAGAUUUAUUUCCUGGUGCUGGCUAUGAGAUUAAGGUGUAUGCCAUAUCACAUAGUCUCUGGAGUGAGCCUCAUGUAUACUUUCAGGCAGUGUAUCCAAACUCUGUGCGGAACUUAACAAUAAUAGAUACCACCAACACUUCAGUUACAUUAGCGUGGCGAGCACCCAUUGAGUCCCUCUUCACACAUUAUAUUGUGCGGUAUCGAACUGUUGAGACAUCUGUUUGGACUGAUCUGCCAGCGAUCAACAAAACUUUGGCUGUAGUUGACAACUUGCAACCAGGUGAACGUUACGUAAUCCAGGUCCGCUCUGUCUCACAUCAUGUAGAAAGCUUUACACCCCAAGAAGUUGAACAGACUGUUCCUCCCAAUCCUGUGAGGGGAAUCGAGCAUCAUCUUGACUCACAGAAUAUUACUUUUGAAUGGCCCAGACCUGAGGGCAGGAUUGACAUGUAUACCAUUGUGUGGUGGAAUGAACAUAAACCAGAGAGAAAGAAAUCAAAAGAAAUACCCGGUGACCAAGCAACAGAAGGCAUAAAUCGCAAAUUAACAGUGCUGAUUGGUGAGCUGAUUCCUGGAGAGCUCUACAACUUUCAGAUUUAUACCACAGCACAUGGGGUCAUCAGCGAAAAUAUUUCUCUCUCCAGCAGGACAAGACCUGUAAUUACUUCGGAUGUUACUAUUGUUAACCAGCUAGACACGCAGUCCAUCACACUGCGCUACACUCCAACACCUACAGCUGUGGCCACUUUUGACACCUACAGAUUCAUGCUAUCUGAUCCAGCUAUACCUCUUAAGGAAAAACUUGCAACUGAUGAUGACAGAAAGAUUAUUUUUGAAAAAUUGGUGCCUGGUCGUCUGUACAACAUCACAGCCUGGACAGUAUCAGGAGGUGUGACAAGCCAGCCUCUCAUACGUCAGGAUCGCCUUUAUCCCGAACCUGUCACAAAUAUUAAUGCCACAUUGAUAUCAGACACAGAAAUUACCCUUGCAUGGACAAAACCCAAAGGAGACUAUGAUUCUUUUGAGGUACAGUACUUGACUGAAGAUGAGCUAAUCACUAACAGCACCAGCUAUGAUUCCAUCACCAUCUCGCGUCUUCGUCCCCACCGUAACUACACAUUCACUGUUCUCACACGUGCUGGUAGCCUGGACCAUAUCAUCAUGAGGCAGUCUAAACCUGUGUCAGCCACAUUUACCACUAGGGAGAGUACUCCUGGAAAGGUGGCCCAGUUUUCCCCAGAUAGAAUCAAACCAAGCUUGAUUACCUUCAAAUGGUCAUUACCUCUAGAUGAGCAAAAUGGAAUUCUUUUAGGGUUUACCAUAAAAUAUGGAAUCAAGGGUUCCUCAUCUACUAUUGCCCGGCACUUUAGGCCUGAUGAACUGGAGGGGACUAUUACAAAUCUUAUUCCUGGACAAGUUUAUGUUUUUGAAAUUGAAGCUAGAACGAAAAUUGGUUCUGGUCGUGUCAAGUACUGGGAGCAGACCAUGCCAAUAUGGGCUCCACCUGAUCCCAGCCAUCAAGUUUUCCCUACUGAGGUGUCUCGCACUUCUACAACAAUUCGUAUCCGAUAUCGUAAGAACUACUUUUCUAAUGAGAAUGGACAAGUUAUUGAAUACAGUAUUAUUGUAGCUGAGGAUGAUUCCAAAAUCUCAAGAGGAUUAGAGAUGCCAUCUUGGCGAGAUGUACAGAGCUAUUCUAUUUGGCCUCCAUACCAGGUAACAGAACCAUACUACCCAUUCAACACCACAUCUGUAGAGGAUUUUGAUAUUGGUACUGAGGAAAACUGUGAGGUACGGUUUGGCUACUGUAAUGGAAGACUUAAGCCAGGAACUACUUAUAGGGUAAAGAUUCGGGCCUAUACAGCUAGGGACAAAUUUGCUGAUACCUACUUCAGCCACCCUAUAACUACUGAAUUUGAAAGUGGUAAUGUGGGUCUGGCUGUGGCUGUUCCGGUGUUGGUGCUUGUUGUAGUGGUUGUGGUGGUUAUGGUUAUGAGGCGCCGCAGAAUUUGUCUUUUCCCAAAAAAGACUAUGGAUCCUAGUAGGAAAGAUGGAGACAUGCACUCACUUCCAGAUUCUCUUAUUGAAACAAGUCGUCCUGUGAAACUGAAGGACUUUGCUGCACAUUAUAGAUUUAUGGCAGCUGACUCAGAAUAUCACUUUUCUGAAGAAUACGAAGCACUCAAGCAUGUUGGACAUGAUCUUCAGCGUAAUGCUGCUGAUUUGCCUGUCAAUCGUCCUAAAAACCGGUUUACCAAUAUUCUUCCUUAUGACCACUCUCGUUUCAAACUACAACCCACUGAUGAUGAAGAGGGCACUGAUUAUAUUAAUGCAAAUUAUGUACCAGGAUAUAAUUCACCAAGAGAAUUUAUAGUGACGCAAGGUCCUUUACCAUCAACACGCGAUGACUUCUGGAGAAUGUGCUGGGAAAGCAACUCACGUGCUAUAGUCAUGCUGACACGAUGUAUUGAAAAGGGUCGUGAGAAGUGUGACCAUUAUUGGCCAUACGAUACUCAACCUGUGUAUUAUGGAGACAUUCAAGUAACCAUCCUUAAUGAAAGCCAGUUCCCAGAUUGGAAUAUAUCUGAGUUCAGAGUUUGUAAGGGAGAUAUAUGCCGAGUUGUCCGGCAUUUUCACUUCACAACCUGGCCAGAUUUUGGUGUACCAGAACCACCACAAACUCUAGUAAGAUUCGUUCGAUCGUUUCGAGAGCGAGUUGGCCCAGAUCAAAAACCCAUUGUUGUGCAUUGCAGUGCUGGUGUUGGUCGAUCUGGGACUUUCAUUGCCUUGGACCGUAUUUUAUUCAGCCUCCGCACAUGUGACUAUGUGGAUAUAUUUGGCAUUGUGUAUGAAAUGCGAAGAGAGCGGGUAUGGAUGGUACAAACUGAACAGCAGUAUAUAUGCAUUCAUCAGUGUCUUUUAGCUGUGCUAGAAGGAAGAGAAAAUGAACAUUCUGUAACUGAAAUUCAUGAUAAUCAAGGAUUCGAAGAUGAUGAGGGGAUAGCAGAAUCGGGUAUGUGACAGGAGGCUUAUGGGCUGCAACCAUUACCAGCCUAUGCAAAUUUAGAUAUAAAAUGACAGCCACAAUCUACUUUCUGAGAAGGUUUAAGAAAAGAAUUUCCAGAGGCAAUUGCUCAGUCUGGAGAAAACGGACAUUGCCAUUUGACAAAUCACAUACGAGUGUUUUUGAUAGUGGUAGAUUAUCUGAUUGGUAAUUUUAUCUAUAGGUGUGUUGACAAAUCUUGAGAGAAGUGUAUGAAAUGAGAAUUUUGAUAAUUGUAAAUACUCAGUAUAUACUAGUAGAUAUGACAUUCUGAAAUUUUAAAAUGCAGUAUGCAUUUUUUAAUGUUUGUUGUUUUACUGGUACAUAUAAGAAAUUUUAAUUGAAAUGUCAUUUCUGUGAAAUAAUCCUACCUCUUCUAAUAUUGAAAUCUUAAACUAAUGAUUAACACCACAAGUUGUGGUGACAUGGACACAUUAUUGUGUUGGUACAUAUGUGAAACAAAAAUUGUAACAUUACUUGUGCAGUGUAAUUGUAUGCAAUGCCUAAAGACAAUUCAGUAAUGUACUGAAUUUAAUAUACCCACUUAAUGAUAAUGAACAUUUUAUGUACCUAGUGCCAUUUUGUCUCAGAGUUUUAGUGACAACUCAUUAAGAUAUAACAGGAGAAACAUUAAUCCGUCCUCAAGACUGUAGUAAUAUUUCUAUUGUAUAUUUUCAUUCCUUUAUAUUAUAAUUAUUUUUAUUUAUGUAUAAUUUUUUCCUAUUAUCUUCCUUGAAUCUCUUAUUGUUUAUGAUGGUCUUCAUAGGUUGUUUUUGUUUUUGACAUAAGUUUGUUUAAAAUGCACUGAUGUAUUCUACAAGACAUAGUUGAUAUUUCUUGUUUAUUUACAUGUGUUCUUUCACAGGUCUGCUUCAGAUAUGUAAUGCAUCUGAGUUAUGAAUUCAUUUGCUAAUGAGUAAAUAACUAGACUUGUUGAAUUAUGAUUCUGAAUGCCAAAAUAAUGAAAUACAAUAAGGUUUCAGUUGUAACAAUAGAAAAUUUAAGCUUUGAUUUUUAUCUUGUGCUUUCUUUAAUUAAAGUUAAUUACAUCUUUAAUAUUUUCCUCGUUCAUGUUUUCAUGUUCAUUACUUGGUUAGGUUAUUUUCCUGCUUUUGUACUUACCCUCAGAGGAGGUCAUUUUUCAUUUCAUGGAGAAAAACACAAAAUGCAAUCACUAGGACAUGCUUAUGGGAAGCAUUGCAAUUCUGAUAUCUUGGUCACUCCACAUUUGGAGUGACCAAGAUACCGAAAUAUUUCUAGUAAACAUGCCCUAGUGAUUGUAUUUUGUAUUUUUCUUCACUACUCAUUGGUAUCGUAUACUACCUUUAUAUCCCAUUUUUCAUUUCACACACACUUUCAUUUUUCACAAAUAUGUAAACAGCUGAUGAGUGUUCCACCAAUUUCAUAGCCAAACCUAUGUGUAAAAUUAUCUGAUUUUUACACUUGAAGUUCAAUAUAAGUGACGUUUAACCCAUUCAUUGUCUGUGCCAUAGUACUAUGGGUUUGACGGCACUGUUGGUGCUGUAGUACUACGCCAUGAGCUCAGCUCACUCAUAUAAGCUGUGAGCGGUAAAUUUGGGCCUAAAUAUGAGAGAAUGGGUCUGUGUGGUAAGUGUGCACCAUAUAAAAAAAUUCUGCAGCACGCAGUGCACAGUGAGAAAAAACUGUGAUAGUGUUUUGAUUUAAAAUGGUGAUGUUGCAGGUAUUGUUGUAUAGUUUUUAUGGUUGUAUUCUUGGUUUCUUGGUCUUAUUUGAUAGAAUAGAAAAUAUAUUACAGAAAAAGAGAUGAUUUUGAUUGGUUUCAGGACUGAAAAUAGUUUGAAAUUGAGUUCAGAGUAGCUGAAAUGUUCGAUUUUUGCCAAUAUCCCAGAGUACACAGUGAUAUCACUUGUCCAGUAUGCGUCCAGCUUGCCAGUCUAAUAUGCAUUUAGGAAUGCACUGAGAUUCUUUAUACAAUUAUUAUAAUAAUGCAGUAGUCUGCAUAAUAUAAAUUUUCAAUUUUUGCGGAUUUUCAAGAGUAAACAAAUCAUGUCAUUCGUUCAAUACACGUCCAACUGGUGGGUCUAAUAUGUGUUCACGAAUGCACUGACAUUACUUAAUACAAUUAUUACAAUAUUGCAUAAGAGUAAAUCUUUUUUUUUUUUUUUUAGUAAAAAUUCUUUGUGUGAAUAAAAAAUCAAAAUGGAAUUCAUAUGUAAAGCCUGGGAAUGUAACUGAUGAACAGAGGAAAUGUUAUUUUAGUGCUAGGAAUGCCUGCAUUGUUUAUUCUGGACCCUAUUUUGAAAUUGGAAUAUUCUGAAAUUUGUGUGAAAUUGGCCAGAUUACCAAUUUCUGAUCACUUUACUGGGUAGUUGAAAUACAGUGGACCAUCGCCUAACGGCUGCAUCGGCUAAUGCCAAAAUCGGCUAACGGCUCUCUUUGGCGUCAAAAUAUUGGCUCGACCGACGCCAAAAAACUCGGCUAAGGGUUUUCAUCCUGAAUGUGUACAUGCGCCCUGAGCGGGCCCAGCCACUCCAAGGCUCCGUGUAUAGCCAGUGUGCCAUUGUUUACAAGCUGUUGCGGUUGAUUCCACGUUUACAUGCGAUAUAUUUUGUAUUAUUCCAUUGUUUUUAGUGCUUGUAACUGCUAAAUAAGCCACCAUGGGCCCAAAGAAAGCUUCUAGUGCCACCCUGUGGUAAAGAAGGAAAGAAACACAAUAAAAUUCAAGAAAAACUCAUAGCAAAGUACCAGAGUGGAGGAGGAAGAGAGAGGGGAGAAUGUGCCUUCUGCAGUGAUUCACUGAUUAUACAGUAUGUACGAUACUAAAGCAGUAGGUAUCGAUAAAGGCUAUAGUGCCAGCCAGCGAUAAAGUGUAGAAUUAACAGUGUAGCAAGUAAGUUAAGUGAGUAAGCGAUAGAAAAACGACACGAAAGUAAUUCUCCAAUGUUGUUGGAUGUGUGUAUAUCCGCUAAACGUACGCCGGCCUGCUAUCUUCCACUACCCUAAAUCUCUGCCAGCAUCUCCUCCAUCAAACUAACUAAUUAAACUAACAUCUCUUCCAAGGUAAGUGUAAAUAUAAAAGUGUAAGCAUAAAAGUAAAUUUUUUUUUUUUCAGCAAACUGGCCGUAUCCCACCGAGGUGGGGUGGCCCAAAAAGAAAAACGAAAUUUUCUCUUUUUAAAUUUAGUAAUUUACACAGGAGAAGGGGUUACUAGCCCCUUGCUCCCAGCAUUUUAGUUGCCUCCUACAACGCGCAUGGCUUACGGAGGAAGAAUUCUGUUCCACUUCCCCAUGGAGAUAAGAGGAAAUAAACAAGAAUAAGAACUAGAAAGAAAAUAGAAGAAAACCCAGAGGGGUGUAUAUUUCUUUCUUUCUUUCAACACACCAGCCGUAUCUCACCGAGGUGGGGUGGCCCAAAAGGAAAAACGAAAGUUUCUCCUUUUACAUUUAGUAAUAUAUACAGGAGAAGAGGUUACUAGCCCCUUGCUCCCGGCAUUUUAGUCACCUCUUACAACAUGCAUGGCUUACGGAGGAAGAAUUCUGUUCCACUUCCCCAUGGAGAUAAGAGGAAAUAAACAAGAAUAAGAACUAGAAAGAAAAUAGAAGAAAACCCAGAGGGGUGUGUAUAUAUGUGCUUGUACAUGUAUGUGUAGUGUGACCUAAGUGUAAGUAGAAGUAGCAAGACAUACCUGAAAUCUUGCAUGUUCAUGAGACAGAAAAAAGGUCACCAGCAAUCCUACCAUCAUGUAAAUAAAUUACAGAUUUCCGUUUUACACUCACUUGACAGGACGGUAGUACCUCCCUGGGCAUUUGCUGCCUACCAACCUACUACCUACAAUAAAAGUAAAUAUAAGUGUAAAAGGACCCCAAUGGAAAUACGUAAGUCACUCUGACUUUUUUGGGUUAUCCUAGGUACUUUACACAUAUGCUGCUAUGUAUGAUAAUCUGUGUAAUUGUAUUUGUGUAUACCUGAAUAAACUUACUUAUUUAUAAAUUAAAAUGUAAAUUUUUCUUAUUUAUGACAUUAUGACAUAUUCAUUCUAGAGUGUAUAUCAUGUUUCUAUGUUAUUAAUGUUGUAUAUAAUGUCAUAUUAGAUGAAUUGUGAUAGAUAAAUAAGCCAUAGAGAUGAUAAUAGCAUCAUAUUGAAGCAUAAUAAACUUGCCUUCCUCUUGCCUCCUACGUGUCUACCAUACACCAACAAGUCAAGUAAAGUCAAGUUAAUAAAGGUAAGUCAAUAAAGGUAAGUGUGAUGUUAAAUGUUCAUUUAUCCAUUUUAUUAGUGCUUUAUAUUUGUUUGUCAUUGUUUUUUGUAUGUAUAUUUAUAUUUAAUCUUUAAAAAAAAUAUUUUUUGUUAAUAUUUUUGGCUGUCUGAAACAGAUUAAUUGGAUUUCCAUUAUUUCUUAUGGGGAAAAUUAAUUCGGCUAAAGACUAAAUCAGCUAAAGGGUAGCUCUCUGGAACGGAUUAAAGGUGUUAGCCAAGGGUCCACUGUACUUGAUUGGAUGGUUUCUUGUGCUCAGUUGAUAAAAUGGAAGACAUAUUAGCAAAACAGCUAAGAAUUUGGUCUACUGGAACAGUGUAUGUAAUUGGGCUAAAAUAGGACUCCAAGUGGGCAAAACCACCGAGGCAUGAAUAUUGCUGACACAGCAAAAUUCACAAAAGCAUAAUUUCAUCAUUUUUCCAUCAAAUUUUGUACUUUUUGUUUUAAUAGCUUCAAAAAAAGAUUCAAUGCCAUUUCAUGAGAAAAAAUAACAAAAAAUUUUUUUUGAAAAAUCUUGGAUGCUGUGGCCAAGUUUCAGAGCAGGGGUCUGGACAAUGAAAGGGUUAAUUGUGUAUAUAUUAUAUACAGUACAAGGUCUGUUAUUCAUAUUUGAUAGUGCAGUGGUAAGCAAGAUAAUUAUGGAAUGGAAAUGUAAUAAUAUUCGUAACUGGUAAUAUAUAUUAAAAAGUUAGUAGAAGAGUGAAUAAUUAACCUUUCCAGGGUCGAGAGGCCCUCUCCUAAACUUGUUCUCAGGGUCAAAAACUUUUCGGAAAAAUUUGUUUUUUUCUUGUGAAAAAAUAGAGAAUCUUUUCCCGAUCAUAAUGACACCAAAAGUAUGAAAUUUGAUGGAAAACUUAAGGAAUUAUACUCUUACGAAGUUAGCGGUCUCGACGACGUUUACGCAUUGGCGAUUUUGCCUGCUUGAGCCCUAUUUUCUGUCGAAUGAGUACAAGAAACCACCCAUUUACCGAUUUCAACUAUCCAAUAAAGUGGUCAGAAAUUAGCAAUUUUGCCAAUUUCACACAAAUUUCAAAAGAUGCCAAUUUCUAAAUAGGGUCCAGAAUAAACCAGACAGACAUUCCUGGCACUAAAAAUAACAUUUCCUCUGUUCAUUAGUCACGUCCCCAGGCCCCUCUUACAUUUCUUUGCUUUCCACUUUGAAUUUUUAUUCUCACAAAAAAUAGAAGAUUUACUGUUAUGCAGACUACUGCAUUAGUGUAGAAAUGGUAUAAAUAAUACCAGCGCACUUGUGAAAGAAUAUUAGACUCACCAGUUGACAUGUAUUGGACGCGUGGCAUGAUUUGUUUACUUUUGAACUUUGGCAAAAAUUGAACAUUUCUGCUAAUUUGAGUUCAAUUUCAAGGUACUUUUCAUUGUGAAACCAAUCAAAAUCAUCUCAAUUUCUGUAAUAUGUCUUCCAUUCUAUAAAAUGAGACCAGGAAGACUAGAAUACAACCAUAAAUACCAUACAAAAAUACAGUGCAAAGUCGCUGUUUUAAACCAAAAACACGGUCAAAGAUUUUUUUCUCAUUACACACUGUGCUGCAAGAUUUUUUUUAUAUUGUGCACACUGACCACAUAGACCCAUUCUUUCAUAUGUAGGCCUACCAGCUUUCUCUCACUAGAUUUGAAGGCGCUAGAAUUUACGCGUACUAGUACAUCAAUAACCCUGGUGUGUAAGCCGUACUAGUACAUUGGAAACCCUGAAAGGGUUAAUAUUGAUUUAACAGAUUUCAUUUUUAACGGGCAAAAUUUGUGGCAAUACAAUUUCCAGAAAUAAUGGACAAAGUCCAUUAAAUCCAGAAUUGUCUGUUAUUGUUAUACAUAGUUUGCUGGGUAAAUCUGAGAGGGUUGUCAAUGACUAAAUGAUAAAUACACAAAUAACCCGCACAUAGAAGAGAGGAGCUUACAACGACGUUUCGGUCCGACUUGGACCAUUUACAAAGUCACACUAACCAGAAGUGGAACAGGACGGCUAUAUAUAGGCAGGAAGAGGUAGUGGUGGUAGUAGUAGUAGUAGUGGUAGUGGUCAUGUCACAUCAGAGAUCACAGCCAUCCUAUUGACUGGUCUUCCGCUAAAACUGUCUUCCCUACUUCCAACUCUAACAGUCGCCGUCUAAUUGAAUCCUCUCUAAUACACAACUUUCCUUGUAUGAAUCUUAGUCCUGGCUUCGUCUCUGUAGAUGCCAUCCUCUCCCACUACAUUGUAAAAUGCUCCAAACUUCAGAAUACCCGUGACUUAACCUGAUUCCUUAUUUUUUCUUCUUCUCCCUUUUCCCCUUUCCUCUUUCCUUUUUUGCCUUUCUUCUGUCGCGUGUUUCUGUUCCUUCAUUAUUUAUUUCAUCACUUCCUCUUCCCCCCACCUCUGUGCACUUGCUCUCCCUCUGUGGGCACCUAGCUCCCUUGCAGUGCUCCCCUUUCUUUGUAUUUGACUGGCUCCUCCUCCUUAAUUCCCCACUACUACCACUACUACUACUACCACUACUACCACUACUACUACUACUACCACCACUACUACUACUACCACUACUACUACUACCACUACUACUACUACUACUACUACUACUACCACUACUACUACUACCACUACUACUACCACUACUACUACUACUACCACUACUACUACCACUACUACUACUACUACUACUACCACUACUACUACUACUACCACUACUACUACCACUACUACCACUACUACUACUACUACACUACUACUACUACCACUACUACUACUACUACCACUACUACUACUACUACCACUACUACUACUACUACCACUACUACUACCACUACUACUACUACUACCACUACUACUACUACCACUACUACUACUACCACUACUACUACUACCACUACUACUACUACCACUACCACCACUACUACUACUACCACUACUACUACUACAACUACUACUACUACCACUACUACUACUACAACUACUACCACUACUACUACUACUACUACUACUACUACUACUACUACUACUACUACUACUACUACUACUACUACUACUACUACUACUACUACUACUACUACCACCACCACCACCACCACUACCUCUUCCUGCCAAUAUAUAGCCGUCCUGCUCCACUUCUGGUUAGUGUGACUUUGUAAAUGGUCCAAGUCGGACCGAAACGUCGCCGUAAGGUUCUCUCUUCUAUGUGCGGGUUAUUUGUGUAUCGUUCCAGUCACGGUAUUGUGCCUUUUUUUGUUAUUUACUAAAUGAUAAAAUAACACAGGACAUCAUUAGACCCAAGAUUAUUGUUACAUUUAUAUCAUCAGUGUUAUUUCUUUCUUAUUUACUUUGGUGGUGCAGGUCAUUGCUGUUUGAGUAAAGUUAAUGAUUUCUUGUCAUUUCUGAGUUAAGUGUCUAGUCUUAACAAGAAAAUA